AUGUCGAUUAGCAGAUUAUACAAUUGUCUUCUUACCCAAAAGGAAACCCUUCGCGUGCUAGACCUCAACCUAGAAGAAGGCAUCUACGCGAUUAAACCAGAAGAGGAAGCCAUCACGGAAGACUACGGCCUUGAUGAGGAGGGUAAAGACGCUCUUGACAGGGUGGCCGAGGCAACGGUAAAGAAAGAUAAGUACUUUCUCCUCGCCAAAGCGGAAGCGGCCGGCCCACUCCUAGUGCACCAGAUCCCGGACAAAAGGAAGUACAGCUACACCAUCGGUUCAUUUUACGACUUCACAGCCCUCACGCAUCUUAGCAUCAACAUCCAGGACCUCAACUGCUGCCUCAACCACCUUGACGAGGGCCCCAGCCCCAAUGUCACCGACAUCUCCCCAAGCCUCCGACGCGAGUUCUGGCGCACCGCCUACCUUAUCGCUACCGAUGCUGCCUAUACCGGAGACACUGCCUCCCUCUGCAUCUGGUCCCUCUUCCUCUGCGCCCGCAUCCCCGGCCUCCAUCUCCAGGCCAACCUACUGCCUGUCUUCGACCCGGCCCUGACCUAAGUCUGCUGUGACCUUGUCCUGCUCCAAAGCCUC